UCUCUCUCUUCUUUUGCAUCAAAAAGGAGGGAGGGAGGGAGGGAGCGCGUCAGCAAGCCAAGUCAAGCCAAUAUCAAUCGCCGAUGAACCGUGUCUGACCCGCGUUCCUUCACGACUCCAAAUUCUAGAAGCCCUAGCACCAAACACAAUCACUCCGUUCAUCUCCUAGCUUCAUCCUGCAUUAUUCUUCGAUCUUGAUUCCCAACCGGAAAGAGGAGGGCUUUCGUUGCUCCAUUGCUGGAUUCGGUGACGCCUAGAUGACCAUGUACAUUGCUCGCGAGGUUUCCAAGUUAUGGAAGAAGGUUUGCAUGGAGACGGCUGUAGAAUGGAAACUUUUCAAGGAAAAAUGGAAAUUGUUGUUGGCUGGGCUUGUUUUUCAGUAUAUCCAUGGACUUGCUGCUCGAGGGGUUCACUAUCUUCAUCGGCCAGGACCUAUUCUCCAAGAUGUUGGGUUCAUGAUCCUUCCUGAACUUGGCAAGGAAAGAGGCCAUGUUAGUGAGAAUACAUUUGGCCUCAUCUUCUUCUCUUUUAUAUUAUGGACUUUUCACCCUUUUGUUUAUCAUAGCAAACGUUUCUACACAGUUCUGAUCUGGCGCAGAGUGCUUGCAUUUCUAGUUGGUUCCCAGGCCCUCCGGAUAAUCACAUUCUAUUCUACACAACUUCCUGGUCCCAACUAUCACUGUAGGGAGGGUUCUACGCUUGCUAGACUUCCUCGCCCUGAUAAUGUUCUUGAAGUGCUUUUUCUUAAUUUUCCACGAGGAGUCUUUUAUGGUUGUGGUGAUUUGAUAUUCUCAUCGCACAUGAUAUUUACAUUAGUAUUUGUGCUCACAUAUCAGAAGUAUGGCUCAAAAAGGUUUAUCAAGAUGCUUGCUUGGGUCACAGCUAUAGUCCAAAGCCUUCUAAUAAUAGCUUCUCGCAAACAUUACACAGUUGAUAUUGUUGUUGCAUGGUAUACAGUUAACUUGGUGGUGUUUUUUGUUGACAAGAAACUUCCUGAAAUGCCAGAAAGGACUGGUGUGUCACAGCCUUUGCUACCAAUGAGUGCAAAGGGAAAAGAUAGCAAAUCGGUUGAAGAACAGCAUAAGCUUUUAAAUGGGAAUUCUGCUGAUAAUGCUGAUUGGAGGCAGAGAAUACAGUUGAAUGGGAAGCAUUUGGAAAACGGAGGUCAUGCCCUUCCUGAAGCAACCAUGAAUGGCGGAAGCACAUAGCAAGAUGUUUGAUGCUCUGUGUUUGUUUGGUUCCUGAUCCCUAACAAUUGAAAACUCUACUUGUGCAAGGAGCGAGGCCUGUUGUGGCUGCAUUUGCAUAGAAGGAAAGCCAUGCCGGUCAUGGUUCUCAUCUUGUAUUUAGUCUGAAGGGCAUAUGUAAGUUUACUUUGUACCUCCAUGAUGCAAAAAAAGGCCCUUGGGCAUUGGCUUUACACAGUUUUGGUCGUUCCGUUGGCAUUGUUGCCAUCUACCAUCACAUGUAUAAUGUUUAUUCCCCAGAAAUUCAUCUUUCUUCAUUUUAUUGUUCUUUCA